AUCCUGAUGCUGACGAGGCAGAGAAGAGUCUCUCCAGAUCAGAACACCAGAUGGACAACGCUAGCCCUUCCUCCCUCGCAGAGUCUCCCGGUAACAACUUACUGCUGGGUAUAAAGAGGUUGUCUGUGCUGCUGGUGGACUGCAGGAAAACAACGGAGCUGAGUGGAACUGUGAGAGGAGGAGAAGAGAAGAAAGGAUCAGAUUUGACUCAACAAACAGGAAAACCAAACUUGGAGAAACCAGAAACGUCCAGACCAGCAAGACAACACCUCUGCUCCCACUGUGGAAAGAGUUUUAACCAGUUCGUUAGCAUGAGAAGACAUGAGAGAAUACACACAGGGGAGAAGCCACACCAUUGCACACAGUGUGGAAAGAGUUUUAACCAGUUAGGAAACAUGAAAUCUCACAAACGAAUACACACAGGGGAGAAGCCUUUCCAUUGCUCCCAGUGUGGAAAGAGUUUUGGAGAGUCAGGAAACCUGAAUGCCCACGAGCGAAUGCACACAGGGGAGAAACCUUACCACUGCUCCCACUGCGGAAAGCGUUUUAACCAUUCAGGAAAGCUGAAAGAACACAUGAGACUGCACACAGAGGAGAACCCUUACAAAUGCUCAGACUGUGGGAAGACAUAUUACUCAUCAUGGUCACUUAAACGUCACGUGAGAAUCCACACGGGAGAAUAAUUACUUCUCUUAGUGUGUAGGUUUUUCACAUCACGUUGACUUAAAAUUCAUCAGAGAACAUACACAGUGCUCCCGUUGUCUUAUAUUGUUGACUGACAAUGUGUUUACCUGUCUUUACCAUAUGUAAAUAAAUGGUACAGGGUAUACUCAAACAUAUAUUUGUGUGUUUUUAUUAGAAAACAUGAAUUGAGUAUGUAAGUUUGAAUAUAGAGUAGUAUAUUAUUUUUUAAGCUCUUUGUGUGUUUAUCUUGAAUAUAGAGUAGAUCAGAUUCCAACUGUUUAAAUGGUCCUUUUUUAAACUCUGUGUUUAUCUGACUGUGUGUGUUUAUCUGGGUGUGUCAUUCCUCCAGCACUACAGAUAAUCAAGUGAUAUUUGGAUGUGAUGCAUUUGCUACAUUGUUGACAUUUGCAUUGUUGGCCCACUGAUGAUUUAAUGAAAUGAAAAUGUUCAGACUCUGUAAUGGAAAAUCUGUCCUCUUAUAAUCUCCUGUUCUUGGGACUAUCAUCCUGUGUUGCAAACCAAUUUGCACCUGUGUCCUUGUAUGAAUAAAGUCCCUCCCAGGAACAGGAAACUAUAAAGAUAUGUGCUCAUCACUCAAUGCUUCAGGAAUUCAGACUGUCUCCACUGCGCUGUGUAACUCUGUUAUUCACUCUGAACUCAGAAAUAAAG